AUUGACACUCUUGAUACAGUCUGCUUAAAUUGUCACCAGAACGCUUCUGGGAUCCCAGUGAAGUUCAGGCAAACCUAACCUGGGAAAAUUUCAGCAUGGGAUCCAACAGGCCUGCAGAUCAUCACCAACAAUGUAGAAGCUACACUGUUGUGAAAUUUAAGUUCAUUAUAGUGUCUUUCUUCUUUGUAAUGAUGUUCUCCUCUUCAGCUGCGUUUGAUCCCUUGGAUCCCAAUGGGAACAUAACAAUCAAAUGGGAUGUGAUGUCCUGGACCCCAGAUGGCUAUGUCGCAGCGGUGACGAUGAGCAAUUUCCAAUUGUAUCGGCACAUCAUCAGUCCAGGCUGGACCUUGGGAUGGACAUGGGCUAAAAAAGAAGUGAUAUGGUCCAUGGUGGGAGCCCAAACUACUGAGCAAGGAGACUGUUCCAAGUUCAAGGGGAACGUUCCACAUUGUUGCAAGAAGACCCCAACAGUUGUUGAUUUACUUCCUGGUGUCCCUUACAAUCAACAAUUUUCCAAUUGCUGCAAAGGUGGGGUGGUGGCUGCUUGGGGACAGGACCCUACAGCAUCAGUCUCAGCCUUCCAGGUCAGUGUUGGGCUGGCUGGUACUUCAAACAAGACAGUGAAACUUCCCAAGAACUUCACUUUGCUAGGUCCAGGACCUGGGUACACUUGUGGCCCGGCGAAAAUCGUGCCAUCGACAACCUUCUUUACACCUGACCGGAGGCGGAAAACUCAGGCACUGAUGACAUGGAAUGUGACAUGCACUUAUUCACAGUUUCUGGCCCGAAAGAACCCAAGCUGUUGUGUCUCCUUCUCUUCAUUCUAUAAUAAUACCAUCACUCCGUGUCCCUCCUGCGCUUGUGGUUGCCAAAGCAAGAAUAACUGUAUCAAAAGUGACUCAAAGCUGCUAAAUGUACUGGGAAUCAAUACACCAAGGAAGGAUAAUGCACCAUUGUUGCAAUGCACACACCAUAUGUGCCCGAUCCGAGUGCACUGGCAUGUGAAGCUCAACUACAAGGACUAUUGGCGUGUGAAGAUCGCCAUCACAAAUUUCAACUAUCGGAUGAACUAUACACAGUGGACGCUCGUUGCUCAGCACCCAAAUCUCAAUAAUGUUACCCAAGUAUUUAGCUUUGAUUACAAGCCUCUUGUCCCUUACCAAUCCAUAAAUGACACUGGCAUGUUUUACGGCAUGAAAUUCUAUAAUGACCUACUAAUGGAGGCAGGCCCACUUGGAAAUGUCCAGUCGGAAAUUCUGCUUCAGAAAAACAAGGAGACCUUCACUCUCAAGCAAGGUUGGGCAUUUCCUCGGAGAGUCUACUUCAACGGUGAUGAGUGCAUGCUACCCCCACCAGACGCAUACCCAUUCCUACCAAAUUCUGCCUUUACAAACUCAGCUUCAUUCUCAAUUUUAAUUGCUUCUCUACUCCUCUUGAUGACUGUCUGGUGAAUCCCUUGGAUGUUGGAAUGAAGCAAAAGGCAGUUUUCAGAAGUUUUGGAAGGAGAAAAAGCAAUUUUUUUUGAACAUAUGGCUAUCUUUCACAUAUUGGUUACUGAAAUACAGGUAUGUAAAUGAAACGCCAAAAUUGUUUUGUUUGAAUCAGAAAAAUGAAAGCUGGAUGUGAAUCAGCUCUGUAAGACGUCUUUUGUAAGAUACAUGAGCUUAUUAAAUUGAGAAACUAGACCAAAUUUUCUAUAUAACGAAGAAUGUUCUGAAGGUUGACCAUACUGCACGGCUAUGGAGUACUUAGUUUCUCAUCCCUGCAGAAACAUGAUCCUUUAACAAAUGGUUGCUGGAUGCUUUGACAUUAAGGCUCCGUUUCAACAAAGAAAAGGGUGAAAGCGGAUUUCAAACUGAAAUAUUUCGGCCAUAUGUUCUUUUUUCUUUUCUUUUUUUUUUUUUUCUGUUCCACAGUGAAAACUUUGUUUCAUGUCCCUUUUUCAUUGAUAGAUAUCAAUUUGUUCAAGACGGAUAUCAAGAAUAAAGGUCAGUAACUGGGUUUGUUUCUGUCUGAUA